UCUAAUCUGCACAUAUAUAGUCCUCCUCUGAUAUCCAAGCAAGCAAAAAAAAAAGGCACGAAAUUUAACCUGACGAUGGCUAAUUCCAAUAGUAUCGUUCUUGUCUCUGCCCUUUGCUUCUUGUCGCUCGCCGGCGUUGCAUACUGCGGCGAGACCCUCAAUGUGCACGGCAUUGUUUACUGCGACAACUGCCGCAUCCAGUUCGUAACCAGAAUCAGCGAGACCCUCAAAGGUGCAAAGGUGAGAUUGGAAUGCAGAGAGAAUGAAGGGGGAAAAAUAACUCUAAGCAAAGAGGCAGACACCGACGACUUAGGAACUUACUCCAUUCCGGUGGAAGGAGACCAUGAAGAGGAGGUUUGCGAGGUGAUCUUGGUGAAGAGUCCCAAGGAGGACUGCAGCGAGAUCAGCAACGAGCUUCAUGUGAAGCUCAGCGCGAGGAUCAGCCUCACGAAUCACAACGGCAUCACCGGGCCUCAUCGCAUGGCGAACCCUCUCGGUUUCAUGAAGAAGGAGGUUGAUCCUAAGUGCGCUGAGGUCCUCAAGGAGCUCGGACUCACCCCCGAUGGCGACAUUGAUGAUAGCAGUGCUGAAUAAGCCAUCAAUAAUUUUACGUACUUAAACAGUAGGAAUCGAUAUCCCGGCCUUCAUUUUUCGAUCAUGUGUAAUCAAUAAAUGGGUUUUUAUUAAUUUCCCCUACUAAUCCAACGUGAUGUAUGAGAGAUGUAAAGUAUACAUCGAUCGGUCUAUCGAUCUGCGGUAGUAGUACUUAAUUAGGGGUAUAUUUUUGUUAGGGUUAGCUGCAAUAUUCUUCAAAUCUUGAUUAAUUAAGUGGCUUGUGAUCAGCUGCUA